AAAUGUUUAAUGUGUAUGAAGGUGAAGCUGAGUCUCGGAUAUUAUUUCUGCUGGGAUUUCCUGUCUGAACAACUUGUUUCGGACCGGAACCAGCAGUGAGGCGGACGGUGAAGAUGGUGUCCCUCCUGUUAAGAUGUUAUCCUCGGCUGCCUUCAUCCUUCACUCUGGCUCGGUUCGUUUUAAACCAGAAUCUGGUUAGGAGUCAGCGGUGCUGUCUGGUCCGGGCGGGUAACCUCCCGGCCAGACGGACCUACAGCUCGGAGCGGGAUCAGCACCACCCGAAGCCGAAGGUGGUGGUGGUCGGCAUCCCGAACCCGUUCAUCUGGUUCCGGACCCGGAUCUACUACUUCCUGAUCAGAACCUACUUUGACAAAGAGUUUAGCAUCGAGGAGUUCACAGAGGGAGCGAAGCAGGUUCGGUACAAACCCGGAGAGCAGAUCAGGGUUCUGGCUUUCUCCCACGUCUCCAGACUUUUGUCUCGGUGUCAGUUUGAGGCUCUGGAGGGCCUCGUCGCUAAAGAUCUGAUUGGGAAGCUGGAGCAGAAGUGCGGCUCUCUGCCGUCCAGCCACCAGAGAGCUCUGUGUGCCGAGCCGGAGGACGUGAUGUACACGAUGCCGGGAGACGUGGGGAUCUUCUACGACGACGACGGCAGGAAGUUCGUCAGCAUCCUGAUGCGGUUCUGGUACCUGACCAGCGUUGGUCUCCCUGACGACAUCAUGGAGGGAACCCGGAUGUUCACGGUGUCCAUCGGCGACAAAGAGAUGGAGGCCAAGCGGCUGCUCACCGCCAUCUACGAGUCGGUACCAGAACCCGACCAGAACCGCUCCUCCCGCUGGACGCUAAGGUUCUGUUGUUGUUCUGGUUCAGGUUCCAGAGGGAGUUCACCAAAGGCGUCGCUCCAGACUGGACCAUCACCCGGAUAGAACACUCCAGUCUGCUGGACUAGACCGGGCCGGGCCGGUACCGAGGACCGGGCCGGUCGCUGCUGCUCACCAGCUGCCCAGGGGGACGGAACCAGAACUGCCUGGACUGGAUCUGGAUUCGGUUCCAAGCAGAUGACAUCAUCACCUGCUGACUGGAUUUAACGUGAAACUGAAGGCUGAACACGGAGUUCUGACCCAAACCUGCUGCGGACCAGUUCUGAUUCUACGACCCGGUUCUGGUCGAAUCAGGACCUCCAUGUUGUUUCUACAUUAAAAUAAUAUUCCACCAUUUUCUUUUAUUGUUGUUUUCAAGAAACUUCGAGCAACAGAUUAAAGAUUCAACCAAUCAGAGAGCUGGAACCUGUCAGAAUAGACCAAUAGGAGAGCAGCUACUGAAUGACGAUUUCUAUGAGUUUUAUUCAUGUAUGAAGUAAUAAUUUCCUGAAUAAAAGUCCUUUAAUGG